AAAAAAAAAAAACAACGAAUCGGUUUCUUGGAGAGGCAGGACAAAUCCGAAGAUAACGGGACUAAAAUUCCCUCUAUGGUUAUUAUUACAGCCAUUUAUUAUAACAAUCAUAAUAAUGUGACUAAUAAUCAGUAUCAUUAUUGUAAUUAUCAAUGUUUGAGGUACAGGGAGACAAAAGGAUCCUAGACAUGGAGUUGGGAAUACACUAAUGGCUAUGACUGGCAGGCUUAUUAUGGCAACUCGCUACCACAGCAGGGCUUAAUCCACCGUUUUUAGUUUUUUCCAUUGUGAUCGUCGCUUUAAGCUGUAGAUUUCUGCGAUGAAUGAUCGAUCUAACAGCUGAUUUUCUCCUCUGAUGUGGGUGUCCGGACAGCGAGAUGUCUCUGGCUCAGAGGGUUUUGUUAACAUGGGUCUUUACCCUGGUGUUUCUCAUCAUGCUGGUGCUCAAACUGGACGGGAAGGUACAAUGGAGCUGGUUCCUCAUCUUCCUCCCAGUCUGGGUAUUUGAUGGCAUCCUUAUUCUCAUGCUCGCCAUCAAAAUGGCAGGGCGCUGCAAACCCGGGUACGACCCGCGCAACGGCUCGCCGGACCUGCGUCUACGCACCUGGUACCUUACCGCCAUGCUGCUCAAACUGGGCUUCUGCCUGACGCUGUGCGCCAAGCUGGAGAAACUGGCCGACGUAAAGCUGACCUUUGUCUGCAUACCUCUGUGGACCAUGCUGCUGGGAGCACUGGUGGAACUGGGGCUGAAUAUUUUCCCUGAAAGUAGAGAGGCUUGAGACAAUGUUAAACCAUUGCCUCAACACAUUUUCUGUAAGAGAACGGCUCAGUUAUAAAGCUGGGAGUGUCAAAUAAAUCCAUUCAGCCGAAUCAACCCCGAGCUUCAAACUGGCUCCAGUUUCUUUAAAGAAGAGCAGCUGUUUCUUAAACUACUGUGAAGCCAACACUGGAGAAAAUAAACUUUAUUUCCGAUGUUCAAUAUUGUUGUUUUAGUAUUUAAAUAUUUAUCAUAUAAAAGGCUCCGGUUCAUAAUGUAUGUAUCAUUAUACAUGAUUUCCAUUUCCUGUGGCUGCAUUCCUGCAUCUUUCUCCUUUCAUUCCUCGCUGAUAAAUUGGCAGUAAGCUUAACUCCUCCACUGGCUGCUCCAGGAUUUCAACAGGGUCCUUUUUCUACUCUACAAGUAUUAAUGUGUCUCAUAAACUGUUAUUUUCUCUUUGCUUGCAGGGUUAAUCCAACAGUUGGAUUAUUUAUGAACUGGAUUUCACUCAUAUUCAGAUGUUUUUUUGUACCACCAAUGUUAAUUUUGUGCCAAUAAUUGUCAAAAAUACUUUUAUUUCCCAUCUAUUUUGUUUUGCACUUUAUUGAAAAGAGAAGAAAAAAAAACAAAAAAACAACACUUUUUGAGACUGUAUGCAUGUGAUGUAAUUAAUAAAUGACUGAUUUCUAUUA